AGGGGUAAGCAACUAAGCACUAAGCAAAAUGAAAGGGAGGGGCCAGGAAUUCAAUUUCUCUAAUGGCUGCUCGAACACCGGGGACUUUUCUUUCGUUGCUUGGUCAGGCAUUCUACUUGGCUUCUAAAUCCCUUGUCAAUAUUUCGCAUCUGGAGCAAAAAGCACUCGUAAAGUAGUCUUCCCUUUGAGGAACGAUGGAAUGGCAAGAUAUGGAUCAUUUCGACAUCUUGUUGGGGACCUUUCUCUACCCAACUCGACGACAUUCGCCAAACUCUUGGAUUUAUGCAUACAGUCGAAGUCUCUGCGAGACGGGCGUCGUGUCCAUGCCCGUGUCAUGAAGACCCGAUUUGCUUCUGAAAUUUUCAUUCAGAAUCGGUUAAUUGAUGCGUAUGCCAAAUGUGGCUGUAUAGAUGAUGCCAAAAACUUGUUCGAAAGAAUGCGCCAGAAGAAUACCUUCACAUGGAAUACGAUAAUAAGUGCUUUUACAAAAUUGGGUUUUGUUGAUGAAGCUUUGAAUCGCUUUAGAACGAUGCCCGAACCUGACCAAUGCUCUUGGAACUCAAUGGUAUCAGGUUUUGCUCAACAUGAUCGCUUUGAAGAAUCCCUGGAAUUCUUUAUUAAUAUGCACAGUGAGGAUUUCGUACUCAAUGAAUACUCGUUUGCCAGUGCUCUCAGUGCUUGUUCGGGGCUAAUGGAUUUAAAAAUGGGCUCUCAAAUUCACUGUUUGAUGUCAAAAUCCCCAUAUAUAUCUGAUGUAUAUAUGGGGUCUGCGCUUAUUGAUAUGUACUCCAAGUGUGGGAAUGUAGUUGAUUCGCAAAAGGUUUUUGAUGAGAUGACAGAGAGAAACAUAGUCUCCUGGAACAGCUUGAUCACAUGUUAUGAGCAGAAUGGUCCAGCUAAUGAGGCUCUAAGAAUCUUUUUGAGGAUGAUGGGCUCUGGGGUUGAGCCAGAUGAAGUUACACUAGCAAGUGUGGUCAGUGCCUGCGCAAGCUUGUCAGCAAUUAGAGAAGGUUCACAAAUUCACGCCUGUGUGGUCAAGUCUGAUGAGUUCAGAGAUGAUGUGGUAUUAGGCAAUGCAUUGGUUGAUAUGUAUGCAAAAUGUGGAAAAAUUAAUGAAGCAAGGUGGGUUUUUGACAGGAUGCCAAUUAGAAAUGUGGUGUCAGAGACCUCCCUGGUUAGUGGUUAUGCAAAGGCAGCAAGUGUCAAAGCUGCAAGGUUAAUGUUUACAAAGAUGACAGUGAGAAAUGCAGUAUCUUGGAAUGCACUUAUUGCAGGUUAUACUCAGAGUGGGGAGAAUGAAGAGGCAUUGGGACUGUUCUGUCUAUUGAAGAGAGAAUCAGUUUGGCCAACUCAUUACACAUUUGGAAAUGUCCUUAAUGCAUGUGCAAACCUUGCUGACCUGCAGCUUGGAAGGCAGGUUCAUAGUCAUGUCCUGAAACAUGGUUUCAGGUUUCAGUCUGGCCCAGAGUCGGAUAUAUUUGUCGGAAAUUCCCUUGUGGAUAUGUACACAAAGUGUGGAUCAAUCGAAGAUGGGUUAUAUGUAUUUGAAAAUAUGGUAGAAAGAGAUCGUGUUUCAUGGAAUGCCAUGAUUGUGGGGUAUGCGCAAAAUGGUCGUGGGAGUGAAGCUGUUGGCCUCUUCAAGAAAAUGUUGUCAUCUGGAGAAAAACCAGACCAUGUAACAAUGAUUGGAGUUCUAUGUGCCUGUAGCCAUGUAGGCCUGAUUGAUGAGGGACGCCAGUAUUUUAAUUCAAUUAGUUCGGAUUAUGGUUUGGUACCAUCCAAAGAUCACUAUACGUGUAUGGUUGAUUUACUAGGUCGAGCUGGUUUCCUUGAUGAAGCAAAGCAGUUCAUUGAUAACAUGCCAAUGCAGCCUGAUACUGUUCUCUGGGGAUCCUUGCUUGCUGCCUGUAAAGUUCAUGGUAACAUUGAAAUGGGAAAAAAUGUGGCAGAGAAACUCCUGGAGCUCGAUCCCAAGAACUCAGGUCCAUAUGUUCUUCUCUCAAACAUGUAUGCAGAGCUUGGAAGGUGGGGGGAUGCCAUGAGAGUAAGGAAGAUCAUGAGACAGCGUGGGGUUGUUAAGCAGCCAGGGUGCAGUUGGAUCAAAAUACAGAGCCAGGUUCAUGUGUUCAUGGUGAAAGACAAAAGCCACCCUCAGAGAAAGGAAAUCUAUGCACUUUUGAAGAUACUCGUAGAACAGAUGAAGCUAUCUGGAUAUGUCCCCGCAGUUGGAUAUUCAGCCUUGGAGAUAUGUGAGGAACCAAUGGAAUUGGAAAUAACUUCCCAUUGUCACAAGGAAAUACCAACUAUUUCUGCAAUAGGAUAACACAUUUGGAUAUUAUUCUAGAUUGAUGGAUAGCUCUAGUUAAUCAAAAUCAGAUCAACUUCAUAGUGGGUAUUCUAGUAUUUUUUUGCUAUGAACUAAAUGGGUUGAGAAACCAUAUA